CUUUGGGGUUCAGGUGACUGAGUGUGGGAAGCCUUUGUCAUAGGGUAAACGUUUCAUACCCCUGGGCUGUAGGCUGCAAACCUUGGGUGAACUAUUAGGUUCUGUAGCUGUGUAUUUUAUCACAACAAUUCUGUUCUACAAUGGUUCUUUUCCUUAGCUCAGGGUUGUUUUGCCUCUUGAUGGCAUCUGUGGGCAUACAAGCACAACAGACCCCUAUAAAUGACCUCCACGCUGAAUGCCUUGGUAGUGUUAUUCGUUUGAGUGUCGCUCCUCUUUUUGAAGAGGUUGAUGCUGUCUUCAAUGACACACAAAUCAUUAACCUGACGCCUGGCCUUGCUACUCAGUGUGGAUUCAGCUUUAAAUUUGACCCCAUGGGGAAUGCCAUGUUUUUGCUUCCCUACAAAACUGCUUUUCCCAAAACAUGGAUGAUAAGAUGUUCAGCUUGGUCAUGCAGUUCAGGCUGCCAGGAAACCAUAUGACUGAAGACCCUGUGUAUAGAGUGGGCAAAACCUGUAGCUACACCCCUGGACCUCCCGAGAGAUUCUGUGCGACCGCAACUACAUGGAGGUGUCUGUCAGAAGGACUCUUCCAGACAUCCAAACCAUCCCCGAACAGCCCACUGGGGGCCCGAAAGCAAGGAGCGCCAACUUCCGGAGAGGCGCUGAGGCUGUUGCUUCAGGAUACAACAUCACAGCAGUCGUCUUUAGUCCUAGCAAGAAGGUCAUGAAUGUGGAUGAGGUCCAAAGAAAGGGCUAUGCAAUAGCCAACACUCCCACACGGCUGGUGUUAAGAAGCCCUCAUAAUGCAGAGGAGACAUACCUCCAGAAUGUAGCUGGGGUUCCGAUGCGGGUGCUCUCAACCUCAACCUUCUUUGAGCAGAAGCGGCUGGUUACUCGAGUAGAUGCCACGGCUGUUUGUCCAACACCAGAGGCAGUGGCCUUUACUCCAGAAGUGAUCACCUGGUACAUGCCCAAGCACAUAGACCCACUCUUCUCCUCUGAUGCCUUCACCAUGUUGGAGGUGUACAUGGGAAUUGACGCUAAGAGGCUGAACACUGAGGAAAUGGCUGCCAGAAACUACUCUGUUUUAGUCACAGAGGCUCAUAUUAUUGUUGAAAUUCCGGUGGGGGCGGUUGGCGGCUAUUUCAAGAGCCAUAUUCAGGAUGACCAGUACUUUGUCACUUACACCAUUGAGCCCAUGCUUGAGUUGCUGUGGAUCGAGGAGGUUGCACACGAGGACACCAGCUACAAAGUCCUCUUCCUAUCACAACACCUCCGAUGGCCAGGCCUCCACAAGUUCGCAACUACACGCCCUUAGACACAGUUCCUGAGCAGGCAGUGUUUGUGCUUGAGUUGGGGACUUUCAACCUUGAUGUGGAGCUGCUGAACAUCACCUUUCCCACCAUGGUGCUAACUGUUGCAGAGUGCAACGCCAGAGGCUUCAAUGUUCAGGAGCAGAGAUCCCCG